AUGCCAGCCCAACGACCUCGGGCGGCCUUUGAGGCCAUUCCGCCAAAUCUAGAUGUGGCAGCUUUGGUGGAGUCAACACCCAAUUUUGAAUUCGUUGUUAGAAUACAUAGAAACGCUAUUUACGAACAAGGCCUUGAUAAUUUUGAAAAACUUGUCCGUCUCCAUGUCGUGAUCGGCGGCCAGCCCUUGGUCGUGGAGGGAUACGACGCCAACUUGGAGAAAUGGAUAUUUGCCGAGAGAUGGCUAAGAGACAAUUACGCGACGAAAACGGAAAAUGCCAGAAACCUCACCACGAAAUCCAACCUUCCCUUGACCAUCGGUCACUAUCUCAAUAACAUGCAUAUGUUGACGGAACAAUGGAAUUUGACCAAUUUUGCGGAUCCAGAGCGCCAAAGAAUAUACUUAAAAGAUAUCGACUGCCCAACAGUCUGGUUCGAGAAACUAAAGGAAACCAUACCACCAUUUUUAUCCUACUUGAAUGAAUCCACGGGUGAUACGGGGGUAUCUGAAUCAAAUAUCCAUGGUCCUGGAAUUGGUCGUGGCCUAGGCAUUGCAAGAGCCGGCGAUUUGAUGAGUAGCCUUCCAGCUGAAAUGAGGGCAGAGAACCUUAUGUGCUACAUAGGACAUGAGGGUACUUACACUCCUUGUCACCAAGAGAUGUGCGCAAGUCUUGGUCAUAAUAUAAUGGUUGAGGCGUCAACAGGUGCAUUUGAGUAUGGCAAGCGCACAAAACCUGGAUCUUCUAUUUGGUUCAUGACUGAAACUAGUGAUCACCGGUUGGUUUCGGAAUACUGGUCGUCUGUUCUAGGCCAUGAUAUUGAUCUGGAGGAUCAUUUUGCUCAGAUCAGCGCCUGGAAAGUGGCUCCAUUUAAGACAUACGUCGUGGAGCAAAAGGUAGGCGAUUUUAUUCUCAUCCCACCCCUGGCUCCUCAUCAGGUUUGGAAUAGAGGUACAAGAACGAUGAAGGUGGCUUGGAAUCGAACGACGGUCGAAACACUAGAGAUGGCUCUAAAUGAAGCCCUUCCUCGCGCCAGAGUUGUCUGUCGAGAUGAGCAAUACAAGAAUAAAUCAAUCAUAUAUUUUUCCCUCGAUAGAUAUUCUAAACUACUCUCUGCUGCCGACGAAUCCAACCUCCGUGGCCCUAAGAUUCGUCAGCUGCAGAAGGACUUUCGGAAGCUCUUCAAUCUUUUUACUCAGGUGUUAUGCUCCGAGAGCUUUUCCAAUGAACUUCCAGCUGAGAAAAAGGUGGAGUAUUUACCAUUCGAUAGCAACGUGACCUGUUCUUAUUGUCGAUGCAAUAUUUUCAAUCGUUUUUUGACAUGUCCACAUUGUGUUGGGAAAUUUGUGAAUGACGAGGAGGAUUAUUACGAUAUCUGCAUGGACUGCUACGCAAUGGGCCGAAGCUGCGCAUGUAUAUCUAACCUGAAAUGGGUUGAACAGUUUAAAUGGUCUGAUCUAUCGGGAAAGCACGAAUCCUGGAAUGAGCAAAUUCAUGCCUUUUCUGGUCAGAAGAAGUCUAGCCCUGAGCAAGAUCAACCCUCGAGUUUUGACACAGAGCGGCGAAGGUUGGGCCGCAGGACGUUAGCUGAGAUUUGCCAGUUGGAACUGAGGCGACGGCCAUGGGUUGACAUAACAAAACCCCAGCCUCAUCACAAGGAGCAAGACGAGGACGUAAAUGAUGGAGACGAGGGGGAAAGGUCACAAAAACGAAGAAAAAUCCAACGACCUGACAAAGUCUCUAAGAACCAGGCCAGAUGUCAUAUAUGCAAAGGCUUUGAGCCGAGUUGGAAGCUGGCGUCUUGUUCAAAAUGCGAUCUUAAUUACUGUUAUGGUAGCCUUUUUAGGGCAUUUGAAAUUACCCCCCAGUCAGUCAUGGAGGAUUAUAAAUGGGAAUGUCCAAAGUGCCAAAAAAUUUGCAGUUGUGGCGCUUGUCGUCGUAAAACGACUACAACACCUUACGAGCCGAAAGGUUUAUUACUUGGCCAUGACACGAAGAAAGUAGCAGACUCUCGAAGUGUUGAAGCUUUGGUCAACUAUAGCCAUUCCAACAUUGGAUGGUUGAAGAAAGUUGGAGAUGGUGGAUCGGACUCUAAUCGCCGCCUACAAAGACAUCAGGCAGAAGCAGAAAUGGCCAAAAUGCGUGAUACUGUGGCGGGUGAAGAAGAAGACGGUCUUUAUGAUCAUAAUGCUCAGAUUCAUGAUCCGCAGGUUACUAUGUAUGACGGUAUUCCUAUCGAUCCAGCUCUAGCU